CUCGGGAGCAUUUCGUGCAGAGAGUUUCAGCCACUUCCGCUGCUCUCGCAUCAUGGCCACGCGAGACCCUCCGGACGGAUCACACGCGCGCCAAUCUGCUGCUCUGCUGCUGAUGCUGUCCGCCAGCGCCGCGCAGCAGCAGGGUCUGGUCUUGCUGCCUCUCUUCCUUGCUUCUCACACUGACUGUUGUCUACUGCUGCCACCAACAUCAUCACUCUUGACAUGAGGCUCUGUUGCCUUUCCUUUCCCUUCGAGACAGCCGUUCUUGGCGCUCCAUAAUCCACUGCCUCAUCGACGAUGGGCACUAAUACGCAUCUGCAUACCGAGCGGACCCGUGAGCGCGAAUUUUACAAAUACUACAACCCGCUUCAAGAACUGAGUGAUGCGGAGCCGACAAGACUCGACCUCCAGGAUGCUGAGGCGCUGGAACGACAUGUGCCUCGAGCAGGACCGAACCUGGCCUUGACCGCGUUUUGCCAGUUGGGCGCGCUGAGACUUGCUGCGAGACGCUCGUUGUUGUUCUUUUUCGAUCGCAAGGAUGCGUUCGUGCUUGCCGAAGCUACCCGGACGCUGUCGUUGCUCGACCAUGAGGUUCACCAGGACCCCGAGGACGCGCUGUGGCUCGGCCAUACCAUUGCUCCACGGGGCCUCACAAUAUGCGAGCACGCCAUGAAUGUGCCGGCCUCUAAUACCGGGUCGAACAGCUCUGAUUCCAGUGCUGGCGAAAUGCUGAUUAUCAACGACUUGAAAGAAUCAUCACUUUUCUGCGACAGACCUUUCGUUACUGGAGGCCCUAAAGCUCGGUUUUAUGCUGGUGUGCCGUUGACUACACCUACUGGAGUCAGGAUUGGCGUGUAUGCCGUCAUGGACGACGAACCACGAGAUGGCCUGUCUGAUGUCGAAAAGGACUUCAUGAAGGAAAUGGCGACAAUGACUAUGAGCCAUUUGGGCAUGAUCCAUGCGCAAGCGGAGCUAGGCAGACAGAGUCGAAUGCUGGCUGGCUUGGGGACGUUUGUUCAGAAAGGACCUCCACCUGCACCAAGGCCGAAAUUGGCUGACUCGUCAACACACAGCAGCGAGUCGGCUACUGGGAGACCAAAAUCUGCACCUGGAGUUCCAUUAGGCUCUCGAAGCGACGCCAAAUGGCGCGAGAGACGCUCCCACGAGGACUUGAGGAAUACAGAUGUUUAUGACUAUGUUUCGGAGAGUGAGCAAGAUAAACCUGACCGGCGCUCUGUGGUCCAAGCACAGAGAAGACUGGAUACACAGCUCGACAAGGAUCCUGCGACGGGCGCGAAGAACACCCUGCAGCGAGCAGCAGACCUCAUACAGCGCGCUAUCGAUGCUGACGGCGUUCUCUUUCUGGAUGCUGCACCGAAUGGACCCGAGGGGACAGGCAGCUGUCAAGGCUCUGGCACUGAGACCGGGACUACAGUAUCGGACGUUGGCUCUGACGACUCACUGGAAAAGGCCAAGAAUGAUACAUGUCGGAGACUAGGGUCUUCAGCCCGGAAAGGUGAUGCUCAGGAACAGGCCACCAUCCCAAUGUCUAGCAAAUUUUUGAAAGGCUUGCUGCGGAAAUAUCCCGAAGGGAAGAUCUGGACGUUUAAUUCAGAGGGAGAGGUGAGCUCAACUGAAUCGAGUUCUUCAGAUGAUGGGUCUACCAGAAAGGGAGACAUCGUACCCGCUUCGAAGGGCCGGACAUCCAAUCGAAAUCGAAAGUCAGGCGAGGCUGCUGAAAUGCUGCGCCUCUUUCCUGGGGCUAGGGCUGUGUGCGUCGUGGGAAUGUGGGAUCCGGUCCGACAUAGAUGGUUUGCCGGAGGCAUCAUGUGGACUCACAGUCCACUACGGGUUUUCUCGCAGGAAGGGGAACUUGCAUACAUGAUUGCAUUCUGCGAUGUGGUCAUGGCCAAACUUGCACGUCUGGAAGCAAAGUCCACUGAUCGGGCCAAAACGGACUUCAUCGAGUCGGUAUCUCACGAAUUGCGCUCGCCGUUGCACGGCAUUGUUGGAAGUCUGGAACUUCUGCAUGAUCGCGAGGACAACGGAGACCGAGCAUUGAUAGCUCAAAUGGAGAAGUGCACUUCGACACUCACCGAUGUAAUUGAUCAUCUCCUGGAUUUCGCGAAGAUCAACCAUCACGUCUCGAGACCGAAGAUGCGAAGAAGGCAGUUGAAAUUGUUGGAAAGACAACCAUCAGUGGAUUCUGUUACUCGUAGCACCGCAAGCGAGCAGGGAGCGCACUCGCUAGCUCGUCUGACAGAGGAAGUCGCCGAUGCGACGUACUACUCACAUUGCUGCGGCACCAGCGAGGAAGCUAGUAGCAAGGUGGACUUUGCGCUGGACAUAUCACCAACUGCGGAUUUCCAUGUUUGUGACAUGGUGGGAGCCUGGAAGCGGCUGUGCGUUAAUCUGAUCGGUAAUGCGCUCAAGUUUACCAGAUCUGGACAUGUUGCGGUCUCGCUCAAAUCACUUUCUCGCAAGCGGAAACGACCUGUGGCUAUUCUGACAGUUGACGAUACUGGAUGUGGCAUGUCGCCAGAAUUCAUCGAUAGUGGUAUCUUCCGCGCGUUUUCGCAAGAGAACCAGCUUACUCCUGGAACUGGAUUGGGGUUGAGUGUGGUAGCGAAGCUGGUGAAAGGCCUGGGCGGCAAAAUUGACGUGCAGAGCAAGAAAGGCAUAGGAACCACGGUCACAGUCAUGAUACCCAUUGAUGCUUUGCCUCGCGAUGAGACAAUAGAAGAACAACACGAAGGGCAGGAUUCUGUACCUGUGGGCAUCCUGCGGCCAAUUAGUUCUGGAGACGACAACGACGACGAUAACAAAGUGAACGGAGGACGAUCUUUGCAGGUGCUUGGAGUACAAAAUGCUUGCAGGCGUGCGGGUGCGCUUCUGACUUCUUCGGAAAACGCGAUCGUCAACAUGGUGUUCGAAGACGAUAUACCACUGCUCACCGAGGCAGAUCAACUCUCUGGUCAUCCCGAUGGAGCGCAUUUGAUAGUACUGUGUCGGGAUCCAAUAGGGACGUAUGGACGCCAGAAGCUACGACGACCCUUGGCGAAUGUUAGCCAUAUCGAGUUCGUCCCGCAACCGUUCGGGCCUGAUCGGAUCAGUGCAGCAAUUGCCAAUUGCCUUCUGGCACCGCCUCAUUCAGAAGCUGGCGACCCAAUCGCGAACGCAACGUCGACAGAUCUAUCUGAUGUGGCUCUUGUCGAAGCGCAAACCGACAAUGAAGAAUCGCCACCCACGACACUAACAUUGCGCGUCGACGAAAAAGGACCUCUUCUCAUCAACACGAAAGAGGUCGAAGCCUCUUCAUCCGAGCAACCGUCUACACCGGAACCACCCGGCUCGCCAACCUCUCACAAACUCUCCUUGCUACUCGUAGACGAUAAUCCACUAAACCUCCGAUUACUCACGACAUACGCCGACAAGAACAAACACCCCCGACUCGCAGCCACAAACGGCCAAGAAGCCGUCGAAGCCUACAAAGCCGCCGCUUCCAUCCCCAGCGACAGAGCUCGACCCGAAGUCGUCUUUCUCGACAUUAACAUGCCCGUAUUGGACGGCUUCCAAGCCGCGCGACAAAUCCGAGCUUUCGAAAAAGAAGCUCAAGUAUCUCCUACAAUUCUUAUUGCUUUGACGUGUCUUGGUUCCGAAGCGGCGAAACAAGAAGCCGUGGCGUGUGGCUUUGAUAUGUUUUUGACUAAACCUGUGAGGCCGAGAGAUCUUACGAAAAUUUUGAAGACUGUGGAGGAAGAGAAUGGGAAUGGGAGUGCGAGUGACGUAUAA